AUGGAGUCUGAUGAAAACCAAAGUAACAAAGUAGUUUCUAAGAUAUCAAUGAAAGGUGUUCAGAAUAAUACUUAUGUUAUUAGAUGCUUGAAGAAAAAGCUUCUUGUUCUUGACAUCAAUGGCCUCCUUGCUGACAUAGUGUCUCCUCCUCCAGAGGGUCUCAAACCUGAUACAAUCAUAGCACGGCGCGCAAUAUUCAAGAGGCCCUUUUAUUUGGAGUUUCUGAACUUUUGUUUCGAGAAAUUUGAAGUGGCUGUCUGGUCUUCAAGAACUAAGUAUCCGUCACCCAUAUCUUCUCAGGAUGCUUCUCAUUGUACUAAAACAACUUUCAAGACUGUUGAAAACAAGCACAAGCCAGUGGUUUUUAAGGACAUGAGGAAAAUUUGGGAGAAGCAUGAUCCAAGUCUUCCAUGGGAGAAAGGAUACUAUAAUGAAUCAAAUACAUUGUUGUUGGAUGAUUCUCCAUACAAAGCAUUACUUAAUCCUCCACAGAACUCAGUCUUUCCUCAUACAUUCAGCUUUCAAAAUCGGAGUGACAACUCACUAGGUGAUAGAGGUGAUCUGAGAAAAUAUCUGGAUGGAUUGGCGAAUGCUGAAAAUAUGAACAAGUAUGUUGAAGAACACCCAUUUGGUCAACAACCUAUCACUAAAACAAGCCCUUCAUGGAACUAUUACCACAACGUUGUUGCUACUCUUUCUACCUCUCAACAUGGAAAAAGUGAUAUCACUUAUAAAGUUAUAAUACCAAAAUAA